AUGAAGAAUCGAAACAAUAGAUUCGAAAUUAGAGCCAGUUGGCGAUUGAAAUCGUAUUGCCGCGUUUGUCGAACGCCAUCUCUGCGAGUCGAGGUGAGUCGAGACGAGUCUACUAAGGGCGGCCGUGCCAUCGACCUUCGUUCAUUUCGUGAGAAGCAAGCAGCGAGCAUGUGUCGUCAGGACAAUGAAUCACUAUCCUCGGAUAGAGACGCUUCAGGACAGUCUCCGGAAAUGGUCGAAAAAAAAAGAAUUCAUAUUCAUAAUUCAAAAUUUCUUGCCUUCGAUCAGUCAUUACGUAUGGCUAUGUCCGGCCACACUUCAAAACUAAAGGGGAGUCUUUACGCUUGGACAGUCAUGAACAUGCAUCAUCGAAAUGAAACAGGGACGAUGAUACUACGUACACCGUCUCUUUCUCAGUUUCUCAAACAAAGCAAGGCUGUGAAUGUGCGAAAAACUAAUCGCUAAGAUAAUUUAAGCUCGACGUAGAUUUCUAUUUUUUCCUUUUUUUUUUCUU